GUUAUCCCUCUCCCCCCCUCUCUCUCUCUAUCUCUCUCUCUCUCGUUCACAUACACUGCACUAGAAAAGGAAAAAACCAAUUCUUGAAGCUGAUUUCACACAUAUAUAAGCACACAUUCAUUAGAUAGAAAUGAAUUAAUGCUUGGAGAAUGGCGGCGGUUGGAUCAUCAAUCAUCAAGAUCAUGAUCAACAUUUGAGUACAACUCGGACUGCAGAUGGUACAACCGGUAUAGCUCAUGAUUCGUAGUGGUGAAAUGGACUUUUUCCACUCCAACUUCAUGCUCCAAAUCCCUCAUCAAGAUGAACACACCCAUCCUUCAACUUCUUUAGCUCCAAUUCUCCCCCCUCAAGACUUUCAUGGAGUGGGUUCACUGCUAGCGAAGAGGCCUCAAACGAUGGCGUUUUCGGGCGACAACAACGUCGGAGAGGAUGAGUUCUCCGACGAUGGGUCACAGAUUGGGGAGAAGAAGCGGCGGCUCAACAUGGAGCAGGUCAAAACCCUAGAGAAGAAUUUCGAGCUCGGGAACAAGCUCGAGCCCGAACGUAAAAUGCAGCUGGCUCGAGCCCUCGGGCUCCAGCCGCGCCAGAUCGCCAUCUGGUUCCAAAACAGGAGAGCCAGAUGGAAAACAAAGCAGCUAGAAAAAGAUUACGAGAUUUUGAAAAGACAAUUUGAAGCAAUUAAAGCUGAGAAUGAAGCCCUUCACACGCACAAUCACAAGCUCCAUGCUCAGAUAGUAGCCUUGAAGAAGAGGGAGGCGACGGAAUCUAUCAAUCUGAACAAGGAGACGGAGGGCUCGUACAGCAACCGGAGCGAGAACAGCUCGGAGAGGAAGAUCGAGAGCCCGAUCUUAGGGGGGAGGCAGCUAUUUCCCCCGGCCGCGACGAGGCCGGAAAUGCAGCACGCGGUUAAGGAAGAGGGGUUGUGUAAUAUGUUUGUUGGGAUGGAUGAUCAACCUGGAUUUUGGCCAUGGAUAGAGCAACACCAGUUUAAUGUAAUUAAUUAAAUCUUGAAAAUGAUUUGAUUAAAUCUGCACCCUUUGUUUGAAUUGGCCUAUGGAGAUGAAGGAAUUAAUGGGCCAAGUAAUUGAAUAUUUUGUUGAGAUGAUCAUCGAUUUUUUUUUUUUUAAUUUGUUGUACAAAUUACUACUAGUAAAAGUUAAUAUCGCACGGUUGCGACACUUUUCGGGUCAAAUUUAUGAGUAAAAUGUUCUUGAUAUAGUUUUAUA